AUGGACGAGUUGUUUGAUGUGUUCGAAGAAAACGGCCAGGUACCACCGGCUACCACGCUCACCAAAGCACAAAGAAAGCGGUUAAAGCGACAGGCUAACGGCGAAGUGAAGGAUGAUCCUGACGGUGAAGAAGCAACUGCUCCCUCUAGUGAUGGGAGUGCCUCGGUUUCGGGAGAUGUCGAUAAGGAGAUGACGGAUGGAGAUGCACCAGAGGUCAAACGAAUGCGCAUGGAAGACGAACCAGAACCCGUCGUCACCGAUACCUUCGAGACCGAACAGUCAAGAGAGGUAGCAGCAUCUGCUGGCCUGCUCCCUGGCAAAGAGGAAGAGAAGGUCAUUCUGUCACAUCAAGUUCGUCACCAAGUUGCCUUGCCACCAGACUAUGACUAUGUGCCCAUCUCAGAGCACAAACCGCCUGCAGAACCUGCUCGGACGUGGCCAUUCCAGCUCGAUCCCUUUCAACAAGUAUCUAUUGCCUCCAUUGAACGAAAUGAGAGUGUCCUUGUCUCCGCUCAUACCAGCGCAGGCAAAACCGUCGUUGCCGAAUAUGCAAUUGCCCAGUCACUUAAAAACAAUCAGCGUGUCAUCUACACGAGCCCCAUCAAAGCACUCAGCAACCAGAAAUAUCGAGAAUUUCAAGCCGAUUUUGGCGACGUUGGUCUCAUGACUGGCGAUGUCACCAUCAAUCCUACAGCCACCUGCCUGGUUAUGACUACCGAGAUUCUACGCUCAAUGCUUUACCGUGGGUCUGAGAUUAUGCGUGAAGUGGGCUGGGUGAUUUUCGACGAGAUACACUACCUGCGAGACAAAGUCCGAGGCGUUGUAUGGGAAGAGACAAUCAUUCUACUGCCGGACAAAGUUCACUAUGUGUUCUUGUCAGCAACGAUUCCAAACGCAAUGCAAUUUGCUGAAUGGAUCACAAAGACCCAUAAUCAACCAUGUCACGUUGUCUACACAGACUUCAGGCCAACUCCUUUACAACACUACUUCUUUCCUGCCGGUGCAGAUGGAAUUCAUUUGAUUGUGGAUGAAAAGGGUGUGUUCAGGGAAGAAAACUUCCAAAAAUCUAUGGGUUCUAUUGCAGACAAACAAGGUGACGAUCCUGCAAAUGCCUUGGCCCGUAGGAAGGGCAAAGGAAGAGACAAGAGGUUGAACAAAGGAGGCACUAGAGGUCCUUCCGAUAUUUAUAAGAUUGUCCGAAUGAUCAUGACCAAGAACUACAACCCAGUCAUUGUGUUCAGCUUCAGCAAGAGAGAUUGUGAGGCGUAUGCCAUUCAAAUGAGCAGCAUGUCCUUCAAUGAAGAAUCUGAGAAGGCCAUGGUUUCGAAGGUGUUUGACAGCGCUUUGGAAAUGCUCUCCCCCGAGGACAAGAAUUUGCCACAAAUCCAGCACUUACUACCUUUGCUGAGGCGAGGCAUUGGUAUCCAUCACUCUGGCUUGUUGCCAAUCCUCAAGGAAACAAUCGAGAUUCUGUUUCAGGAAGGGCUGAUCAAGGUUCUGUUCGCAACCGAGACGUUCUCUAUUGGGCUCAACAUGCCAGCGAAGACGGUCGUCUUCACCAGCGUUCGCAAAUUCGACGGUAUCUCGCAACGAUGGAUCACCCCAUCUGAAUUUAUCCAGAUGUCUGGUCGUGCAGGACGGCGUGGUCUUGAUGAACGUGGGAUUGUCAUUAUGAUGAUUGACCAGCAGAUGGAGCCCGGUGUUGCCAAGGACAUUGUUCGUGGCGAACAGGAUAAACUGAACUCCGCAUUCUAUCUUGGCUACAACAUGAUUCUUAACUUGCUUCGAGUCGAAGGUAUCUCUCCCGAGUUCAUGCUUGAAAGGUGCUUUCACCAGUUCCAAAACACUGCUAGUGUCUCUGGGCUCGAGAAGGAACUGCAGCAAUUGGAAGCAGAGAGGUCGGCAAUGAUUCUUGAAGACGAAAGCUCCAUCCGAGCUUACUACGAGCUUCGAAAACAGCUUGACAUCUAUGCGGAAGAUAUGCGUAUGGUUAUUAUUCAUCCCAACUACUGUCUGCCUUUCAUGCAGCCGGGUCGUCUGGUAGAGAUCAAGGAUGGCGAGCAUGAUUUUGGCUGGGGAGCUGUACUGAACUUCACAAAAAGAAGCCAGAGCAAAUCGACGGAAAAGUUGACACCUCAGGAGGAGUGGAUUCUCGACAUUGCGUUGGAGGUGGCCGAUGGCCCAGCUUCGGGGACCAAGACUUUUCAAUCUUUGCCCCCAGGCAUUCGUCCUCCUCAGCCUGGUGAGAAGUCCAAGAUCGAAGUCGUCCCAGUCUCUCUCAAAUGUGUCCAAAAGAUCUCUCACAUUCGCAUAUUCCCACCUGCCGACAUGACGGUCUUCGAGGAGAAAAAGAAGGUCCAGCAGGCGUUAGCAGAAGUGAAGAGACGGUUUCCUGACGGGCUGGCUGUCCUCGACCCGAUUGAAAAUAUGAAAAUCACCGACAACUCGUUCAAGGAUUUACUCCGAAAAAUCGAGAUCAUGGAGUCCAGGUUGGUGGCCAACCCAUUGCACCACUCUCCUCGCCUCGAGGGCCUUUACAAUCAGUACGCGGCCAAGGUCUCGCUUACCAAUAAGAUUCGAAGCCUGAAGAAGCAAAUUCAAGAUGCCCAUGCAAUUAUGCAAUUGGAAGAGCUGAAAUGCCGGAAGCGGGUACUACGCCGGUUGCAGUUCAUCAACGAAGAUGAAGUGGUGCAACUCAAAGCGCGUGUCGCAUGUGAGAUCAGCACCGGGGACGAACUGAUGCUUAGUGAGCUUCUCUUCAACCGAUUCUUCAACGACUUGACGCCGGAGCUCUGUGCAGCUGUCAUGAGCUGCUUUGUUUUUGAAGAAAAGGUCAAUGAGACCCCUAACUUGACCGAGGAACUUGCCAAACCCUUGCGUGAGAUACAGAGACAAGCCCGACAUAUCGCCAAGGUAUCGGUAGAGUCGAAGUUGGCUAUGAAUGAGGAAGAGUAUGUCCAAGGGUUCAAAUGGCAGCUUAUGCCAGUGAUCUACGCCUGGGCGAAUGGAAAAUCAUUCGGAGAGAUUUGCAAAAUGACCGAUGUCUACGAAGGCAGCUUGAUCCGUACAUUUCGCCGGCUGGAAGAAGCAUUGCGUCAGAUGGCGGAAGCCUCGAAGGUCAUGGGAAGCGAGGAAUUGGAGAAGAAGUUCGAGGAGGCGUUGAACAAGAGCGACGAGCCGACGACGCCUAUCCUGCCGAUCCAACCAGUAGAGCUGUUGGAGAAGAUGAUUUCUUGUGACUACACGAUACCCACGGCCUUGUUUGGUGAUAUGUCUGCCUCGGGCCCGUCUCGGAAACGAAAAGCCUCCCCUUCCCCAGAUCGAGACGAUGAAAUGUCAACAUCACCCUCCAUAUCAAACGCCCGACUCCCCAAUACCUCCACACCGAAUUCACGGAAACGAGCCCGUCCAAAUCUGAUCGGGAGACCGUUAUCAGUGGAAAGACUCCUUGAAACAUUAGACAAGGAGUCCCUGACAUCUGUGCUGAAGACUUUGUGUGAGAGACACCCAAGUCUUCGAGAUGAAGUUGUCCAAAUCAGCCCUCGACCCAGCAUCCAGAGCACCCUACAAGUCUUGCGGCAGUAUUUCACACGAUUGAUGGACUCAUUUCCCCUGGGACCGAAUCCCCGUUCUGAUUACUCCUACGAUCGUGUACGUCCUCAGUGGCAUCAACUCCUUGAUGCUCUUACAGAUUUCACCCCUCACUUCUUGCCGCCAAAUGAGCAUCAGUCAUCCACAUCGCUCGAGUAUCUGAAUGAGGUCACCCAAAUUAUUCAUGAUCUUCCGGAGUGGGACAACCCUCAACAUAAUUUCGCCAAACAAAAUGCAUACGAGGAAAUCUCAAAGGCAUGGGCCAGUGUCAUCAAGGAGGCCAGCAAAAGAGGCGGAGGGUUUCAACUGCAGUUCAACGGCUGGGAAGAGAAACUUCGAGUGCACAACGAAAAGAGUGGUGGCCGACUACGGGAGGCCUAUGAUGAGUUGAUGCAGGCACUCGGCUGGCUCAGACAAAGUAAUCAACCGUCGCAACAACAGAGCAUUCGGCAACAGUUGUUUUCAAACACAUAUGGCAUGGAACAGCCAAUGAUUCGAACAGGCAACUGGUGA